AUGUGGCCGCCGUGGGUAAAGACCGCUCGAUCCUCCGCUGCCGCCGGCGCCGUCUGCCGCUCCCCAACCUUCUCCUCUCCGACUCUCAGGGACCUCCAGGCCAUCCUCCGCGACGACCACGACGCGGCCCAUUCCUCAUCUCCCACCCUCCGCCGCAUCCUCCACCGUGCCCGCCUUGCCUCCUCCGCCCUCCGCGCCCUCCGCUCCGCCGUCUCCGAUCCAUACCGCCACCCCCGCCGCGGCGGCGUCGUCCUCUACUUCACCUCCCUCCGCGUCGUCCGCCGCACCUUCGAGGACUGCCGCGCCGUCCGCUCCAUCCUCCGCGGCCUCCGCGUCGCCGUCGACGAGCGCGACCUCUCCAUGGACUCCCGCUUCCUCGCCGAGCUCCAGGCCGCCCUGGGCCUCCAGCGGCCCACCCUCCCCCAGGUCUUCAUCGCCGGCCGUUGCCUCGGCGGCGCCGACGAGAUCCGCCGCCUUCACGAGUCCGGCGAGCUCAAGGCCCUCAUCGAGGGGGCCGCUGCCCCCACCGUGGCAUCCGCCUGCGAGGGCUGCGGCGGCGUGCGCUUCGUCCUCUGCGCCGCGUGCAGCGGCAGCCAUAAGCGAUACAGCGACAAGGGCGGGGGCUUCCGGACCUGCACCGAGUGCAACGAGAACGGGCUCGUCCGAUGCCCCGACUGCUGCGCCGUGGCACUCUGAUCGACGUCGCAGCGCAGGGCCGGGGGAGGUCGCUUCUCUCCCCUUUCUUUUUUGGAAGAAGAAGAAGAAGAAAAGGAGAAGGUUUUUCUUGUUCCCUUUCCUUGUGUUUGUUGGUAGAGUUAGCCGGAAAAUGUAAUUGUAAAUUAGGCAUAUCAAUUAGUGCGUUUAAGUUGUGGAUUGAAACUGGGAAUGGACGCCGGCGGUCAGGAAAACAGUAAAUAGUAAGGAAAUGGAAGAAGAAAAAAAAAAAAAGGAGUCGAUGGAUGAUGAUGACAACCCUUGACGAGAAGGGUGACAUUAACAAUGACGGUCGAGUUUCCUUCUUCCUUCCAAGAUCUUUCUUCUUCUGCUGCUUCUUUUGCUGCCCAAUCAUGGCACAAGUCUAAAUGCUCCCAAGUUUCAUAGUUUUCGUGAUGUGCAUCUUUUGUUCUUGAUUA